UCAGAUUCGAAGGAUAGACAUCGCGAAAUGAAAAGUUCGGAAAGGCUGAGUUCGAAGGAGCGAAAGAAUAUCGAGAAAAAGAAUCUGGAGAAGAUAGACCCGCGUGAACUGCGGAGUUUGAACCAUUUAGAUGCGAGGGAUAAAAAGAGUUCGGAACAUUUUGACAGACAGAAUAACGAGCUGAAGGGAAGUGCCGAUACAUUAGAUACUCGCGAAUUUCAGAAUGGCAAGAUAACAAAUACGGAUAGAAAUCCGCCGGAAAGAGGGAAGUCUGAGGAAAAACCGCGUGAGCGAGAUGAUUGGAAGAGUUUAGAAAAGGCACGAAAAGACGAUGAGCGGCGGGAAAGGAACCGCCAAGCUGCGUUGUCCUCACAACUUCUAGAGUUCCGCUCCGAGUUAGUGACGGACAUUACGGAAGAAAAAACAAAGGGAUCUGUAUUUGCUGAAUAUGAUCCCAUGAUCGUUGGCGGUGUUGUGUUGGGCUUCGACGAUGCUAUCUUGCCAAUUCAUAACACAGUUGAACGUACCAAGAGUGACCCUAAUCCGGCAAGACAAAGAUUAGGGUCCAAUAGUAAACGACACAUGCUGACCCAUCAGAAGUCCAUUGACUUAACUCCAGCAGAUUCUGGGGACGAGGAUGCAUUUUUAGAAGGUACACGUACCCAAAAAUACAAUGUGGACAUUCCAUAUACCUUGCACAAACGUCACGUUAUGAACGGUACGGCCUCAGAUGAGAAGUCGGAAUCGGAAAACGGAAAGACUUCAAAAAACGGUGUGAAAAAUUUAGCCAAAGAUUUGCUCAAGCUACCCUUGAAAUCAGUGGCUGACUCGUCUUCUUUAGAUGUGAAGAAAUUAAUUGCGCUCGAAGAAGGACCUGUCUUGUCGCCUGAACGGCCAAAGAGUAUUUUGAUAAGCCCUGAUAGAGUCAAACCAAGCCCGAGUGUCUCUGGGAAAAAUAAAAGCAUGUCAAGUCCUGUUUCUAAGUUUUCUCCCACAGAUCAAAAACUCAUCGUUUCUAACGCUACCCCAGUUGAUAAAAGUCCUGUGAAAAGUGGGAUCUUGUUGUCGUCAAAUUCUCAAGCAUCCUCAAGGUCUUUGUCAUUGGACAGAAUCGGGUCGAAAGCCGUUGCUAAAGAUCGACUAACAGUAAAUAGUAAAUCCUCUAGUCUGGAUAAAAAGUCUUCCAAGUUACUGCCAACUGAACCUAAUGUCAAAGUUGUCCCGUCGAUUGAGAAAAAGUCUUACAAGCUUUCCCCAAUUGAAUCCCACUUGGUUAUCGUUUCUGCUGUUGAAAAGAGAAGAUCACCGGUUCGUGUACCGAGAAGUCAAAAUUCCGGUAAACCGAGCAGUCAAACAGAUUUGAUGGAUAUUGUAGGGCUGCAAAUAAAACAGAAACUGGAACGAAGAGAAAAAGAAAAGCUCAAUGUUCCAGAUGAUAGUUUAGAGAAACAGGAUAGCAUUGAAAAUGUCCCAUUGCCGGAAAUUCCGUUGAUGGUUAACGAUUCCGUCAAACCACCUUUGCCGAUUACGCAAAGACUUGCCGAGGAUCUAGGUAUCCCAGAUAAACAGGUGCUAUCACCUCAACAAAAUUCAGUGCCACAGACCUCAUAUGUUGAUCAAUCAUCGCGAGCACCGAUGGAAAUUAUUAGCUCGGAAUGUGAGGAGAAUGGCAAACGAGGCGGUGAAAAUGUAGAAACCGAAAGACUGGUAAGGGUUCUUGAAACAGAAUCUAUACUCACCGAUAAAUCUAAGCUGCUAGAAAAAUCAAGACUGUUGCAAAAGCCGAGCAUACCGGAAAAAACGAAACGCAUACUGGAUAAAAUUGAAUCGAGAUUUACAGAGAUAAAUAAAAACUCGGCCUCAAAAUUAAGCAAACCUAUGAUCAUCGAUACAGGUUUUGACGAUUUUGUCGAUCCUGUUGCCGAUCUACCUUUAGACGAGGUACCUGUGAAGCCGGCGCUAGACAGUCUCAAGGUCCCUGAAUUUACUCCAUUCAUUUCGAGACCUCAUGCCGAACCAUUGCGGUGUAAGUCUUUAUCCCUAGCCGAAGAAAAAGCUCCCAUUGAUACUUUGCUUUCUCCAGAACUAGAAAGUAAAUCUUUUAUUCAGGAUGUUUCGCCAAAAAAAUCAAGGCUUUGCAAGUCUGAUGGGAAAAAAGAUUUUAAAAAGCAAUCGAAAUCUCUAGAGGGUGACAAGCCGUCGUUCAAAAAAACUGCUUCAAAGGAAUUGAAAACGUCACCUGCAAAUUCAAAGGUAGGCAAAUCCAAACUCAAAAUAGGUGAAAUGCCACAGGAGAUUAUUAUAAUAGACUCAACGGACGUUGAACCAGAAAUAAGUAUUGUACAAAAAGGAAGGUCGAAGUCGGUGACGCGCCUGUCCGACAGGUCGUUUUCUAACUCUAAAGACGAGAAGGAUGAAUUUAAAAAGUCACGAGUGAAAUCUACAUCCGUUGACGACGAGUUGAUCAAAGGUCCCAGUAAUUCGAAGAUCGACAAACCGAGACCAAAGUUUCUCGGGAUUUCGAAAAGUUUAGGGAGUACAGAAAAAAAGGAUUCUACCGAAAAGGUAUCUCCAAAGAGAGUUAGCAGCGUCAAGGGCACGAGUAAAAGCGAAUAUUGUCAAGGGGUGAGAUUGAUGAAAUCAGAAACAGAUUUGUCGCAACCAGUCGUUAAUAACGAGGUGAGAACAUCACCGAUUAACUCUGAAACUAAAUCGGUUGCCGAUGUGGGUGAACGAAAAACAGUUUCGGAAAAUUCAAUGAAGAAAUAUCAAAAUAACCAAGAGUUAUGCCAAAGUUCGACAGUUAUGCGCAAACCCGGACAGGUGCCAAUACUCUUUGCUCGUGCACGCCUCGGACUGUCGGAAGGUAGUGGGCUCGGUACGCUCCAAAGACAGGGGGCUACCCAGUCUCCGACGGCACAGAGAAGGGCAAAAUCUUUAGAUGCUCCUGUUAUUUCGGUCCAUAGGCUGCCGCCAGUCAAUGCAUUUUCUAGCAAAGAUGAUACAGUGGAUACAACCGAAGAAUUGGUAGAGCACGAAAUUGUUUGUGACGAAAACUUGGAAAGUCAUCAAAUUUUCAAAUCUCUUCAGUCUGUGCAGAUGGAGGCAUCUCCUAACCACAAAUCUGAAAGUACGGAUCACACGACUAUACCAGAAAUGUUAACAGACUCAUUAUCUGUCACAGAGACUUCGGCACAAUAUCUCGAAUCACCAUUGACCGAAUGCAACGAAAUUGUUAUUUGCCCAGAUUUAAUCCCGUAUGAACAGGAGAGUCAAGUUCAAUCUGUGCACUUGUAUAAUUCCAGAGAAAUACCUGUUACUGACAGAAAAAUCGACAAUUUGGGCUCAACGACGAAAUUUAUUGACCAAAGUUCGAUUGAAUCCGGUGCUGAGGUAGAGGCUCUUCAAGAAAAUGUCCAACCUAAAGGUCCAUUAUCUGGGAGGGAUGUCCCCAUAAGCAAUAUGCCAUAUCUGGAUAAACAUUCCCCUUCCAUUUUUGAAAUAAACUCUAAAACCGAAUUUUUUAGUGGACCGGAUAGCUGGAACACUGGAGCUAGGGACUGGAAUCACGAAAAAAACGCUUCACCCCAGCAGUACAAAAUUGCAGCUUGCAACAGUGACACUUUAGAUGAAAAUAAGGAAGAGACAAACGACACGUUACUCAAAAUGCAAACUGUUAAAGCUCAUCCACCGUACAUAGAAUCUACGUCGGGUAUCCAAAAUUUGGAAUGCACAGCUGAUACGGAAAAAAAUGAGCUUAUUCCAGAGAUCUUGAAAUUUUCGCCAGAUCCGAAUACAGACACCAUCAAGACAUUUAUACAAAUAUCAAUAGAAGAAUGUUCAGACGACGAACUUGUUAUUGAAACUGAUAAUGAUUUAACAACUGACGUAAUCGAUAUAAAUCGACGGAAAUCACGUCUAGACUCGGGAGAUACAAGCGAAGAUACACUAGACGCUCCGGAAUCUCAAGUACGAGGUGAUGACAGUGAGGUAAGCUCACCGGACUACGGUGUUGCGAAAGUAGACGAAAAAACGUUAGUAGAAGUACAAUUGACAUCGGAAUACCUAGAUAUGAAAAAGGAGGACGAAAAGAUCAUCGAAGCACUGCCAGAAAAUGAACCAUUUCCAGCAGAUACUAAAGAGGCGUCAGACCCAAAUCACUUGCCCAUUGAAAGAAAAUUACGAUUAAACACCGAACGUUCCGGGAGUGAAGAAACUAACACCUGGACACCGGAUCGGGAAGAUCCGGAUUCCAGUUCAUGUUCCAUAGCACGCCCUCUCGGAAUUGGUCGGGUACAACCGAUAUUAGAUAGGAAAGAAAUUGCCAUUAUGAAAGAGACUCGGAAGGAUGGAUCUCAGGAGGAGGAGAGUAGUAGCAGUUCGUUUCCCAUACCUAAACCAGAGCUGAGCUCAACGUGGAAGCCAUUUCCCCUGGAGAGUUCUGGCAGUUCCAGUUUGGAGGACGGGUGGUUUCCACCGGACGAUGGCAACCACCAUCAAUCGCACUCAGAAGACAGUAACGGGCAAAAUGAGGACAGUUUUCAGGAAGAUUUGAUUGAUUUUCCCUCAGGAUUUGGUUAUCCAAUGGGGCCAGAUAUUUUGGCAAAUUAUGGCGGCGCGUUUUGCCUUUCGCGAACACUAUCACGAAUAUCCGAACGUUCUACCACCUCGGAGCAAGACAAAAGUGAAAUGGAGGACUCGUUCAAGCCCAGUUCAAGGUCGCCAAGCUUGGAUGACGAAUCAUUAAUAUCUAGCGAUCAUCAGCCUUCGUUGUCUUCCGAUCCGCCAUCCGGUACCGCAUUGCCGUCUGUUUCAGAUGAUCGGAGAACAUCGUCGGAGCUCCCCGACAUACCCAUCGACGUAAUCAAUGAUCAGGCAGAUGAGGGCAGAUCGCCGAAUGUAAAGUCGCGACUGCAGCUGCAAGCCUCGGAAGAAUGGCCGUCCCCACCUAGUUCUCCGCUCUUCGAUACGCCCGUCGUUAGUCACGUUGAAACAUUUUACAUGGAAAUAAAGCCAGAGGAAGCUGUUAAAGUAACGGUCACCGAUAGUACAGACACGCCGAACAAUAUCGGAAACGAUACCGAUUCGAGCGAUGAAAACAGAACUUUACACGAUGAUUUGCACUCGACUCUUCUGGAGGAUGGACAAAGCUCUGUGUCUGCUACUACCGUUGACGGAACCGUGAAAAUAACUGUUAAACCAAAAUCAAAUUCCUAUAUCACCGGAUCAUCUCACAGCGAGGAUACAUCUAUGGGGCUGUCAAUGUCGGAGUGGUCAAGUUCAAAUAACACUGUUAGGCAAUUUUGUCAGUAUUCUGGUACCAAGUCUGAUGACAAUUCGCUGGCGGAAUUGGGGGCGUCGAUAUCCGAUUGGUCAGGCAGCACGACGAUUGUGCCGCAACAAUAUUACGGAGUGGUCGCUACAGAAAAAAGUCAGAGCGAUACUACGACUUCUGACAAAAGUAUUACAAGCAUGCGACCCAAUUCACGGUGCCGGCACAUAGAUAGUUCAUCAGGGGCAAAGGGUGAUGUCACAGACUUAGACGGGGUCAGGUUUGGUAACAUGCAGCAACAACAGCACAGUCAGUUAGAGCGGCAAGAUUUUGCCCGAUGUCAAUUCUCAGAUGGUUCGUACGGGGACGCGAUAGAAUUUGAGGACUCUGUGAGAUAUAGCGAGGUGAGGAACUAUGAGGCUGCUCAAUUCGACGAGGCUAGAAAGUUUGUUGAGAGCCAAUUCGAUAAACAUCAGUUCGAUGAUUCACAGUAUGAGGAAACAGAUAUACCGCGGCCAAUUUUCACGGAUAUUUCACCGCCGCAAAUAUCCUUUCAAAAUGCAUACGACGACAGUAUAAACGAGUUUGAACAUAUGACAGAUCUCACACUGAUUACCGACAACCCGGGGGCGAUACCUGAGGAAAGCGAUGAACAAUUGUAUGACAAUGUGCCAGCUAUGAAGUAUUCGAGCGGCGAUCAAGUGCGAAUGGAAGUAACGAGAGGCGACAGCUCUGAGGAUAUGCACGAAAGAUACGCUAGCCUAGCAUCUCACACCAGAUACGAAUAUGACCGGUCUAUAGACGACCAACAAACGUUGGAAGAGAAACUCCAGAAACGUUUCCAUGAAAAACCAUUCAACAAAUUUGACAGAGGCUACUCGGAGUCUGGUAUAGAACUUAGACACGGGACGAAAUCGACCCAACGACCCGUCAUUGUUCCAAUCAGAGCCAAAUCGACUCCGUAUUAUUCGACGACCAGUUUGAGUGGCGAAUCUACGACUUCUAGCCCCCCAAUGCAAAUGAAGGCACAAAUCAGAACCAAAACUAUGGCCUACUCGUCGAGCAGGAGCCCGCAGAGUGAAGGGGACACGUCCUCCAGUAUGGACAGCCCUGGGCAUACACCAGAAAGAGGAGCGCGAGCCUUUAGACGAAAACGGCAACAAAAUAUCAAACGACGACACCGAGUGACGGUUGAUCUCGAGUUGAAGGAUGAGCAAAUUGUAUCAAGUACCGAUUCGAGCUUCGACGUUGCAAAUAUUCCACCACCACUUUUGCCCGAACAAAGCUUGGACAUUGACGACGAAGAGUUAUUUGUUACAGGAAAUAACACGCAUCAUCAAGAACGAAAUCCCGAAUAAGUCUGAAAAUGGAUGAUACGUCGUGCUUCUUUGCCGAUUGAGGCUGUUCGAGUACUCAAGCCAAGCAACGAAAGAUAUUGUGUACUGCUCUAUAUAUGCUAGUGUUCGAUGAGAGUCGACACAGAGAUUGACAAACAAUAGAAUGAAUAGCAAAAUUAGAGAAAUAUCAGAACUCAAAAUAAACCUUGCACAGGAAAGCAAGAUACUUUUACAAUAUGGUAUGCCUUAAUUUCUAUAGAUACGUUCAUAAGAUCAAUCAUGACGAUGAAGCUAAUCGAUAAUUUCCAUUUUCAUUACAAAAUGACGUAUUUUAAGUUUAAUUUCUUACGACAUAAAUUGUUACAGUUGUUGGAAGGUAGUACCUACAAGGAAUUAGAUAUGGAAACGUUCAUUGACACUAUUAACUGCUUAGAUUGUUAGAGCGUCGGAACAUGCAAGAAAAUACGGGCUACAAUGAUAUGCUAAGUAACAGGUGUUACAUGAAAAAUAUCAUUGGUUCGAAAUUACUGCAAUAAUAUCUAGCGUAAUUUCGACGGCUGAAUAGAACAAACUCUUAUCCUAGGAUUCGGUUUAACAACAUCUUAUCUCAGGAUUUGGCUUAACAACCUUAUAUUCGACAAUGGGAUUAAGAAAUAUUAUAUCACAGAAUUUAAUUCGGAAUUGACUUAAAGACCAUUGUAUCUUACAAUUUGGUUCAACAUCAACGUACCUCGAGUUAACAUUUCGUUCACGAAAUUUUCUGAGGAACGCGACCGCUGAGUACGUAACUUUUUAAAUAAUAACCAUGCUGGUUAAGUUAUGAAUUGCGUUUAUUAAAAUUUAAUAUUACUUCACUUAAUCAUAACUCGAUUUUGAAGCAUAUACAUAUUUGCUUUGUGUAUGCAAAUUAAUACUGUUUAUGAUUGUAAAUAAUUAUAGCAUUAGUCUCUAGAUAACAAUUUUUUUAUAAAAUUACUUCGUCAAUCAUAUUCAAAGCAACAGGCAAACAAAUUAAAUCAACAAUACAAUUAAGGCUUAUGUAUAUUGUUUUAUAUCUGUACAGACAAGUAGAGUCCACAUGGUAAAUUGAACUAUGGUGCAAUCUUUCAAUAGAGUCACUCACAGGCUGUGAGGGAAAUACAUUUCUCAUAAUCUCGGUUCCCCCACUCUAUUACAAACUCUCGUUUUCGACCCUUUCGAUAAUAACGCGCGAAAAAGUGUAAAUUUCGUACCUUUGUGUUCCAUUUACGUACAUACUACUGAAUCAUUGAAGUGAGUAUGUAUGUUUCUCACCAGCGGAAUUGUUGAGAGAGCGGAAUUGUUAACGCACUUUUGGGUCUUACAAUUAGUUGUUUUUCGUAAAGAAAUGCCAGGACCGCUCAUUAGGCCUUCAUAAUCAGUAAUUUAUGAAUCGAAGUGAAAAUGCCACAUGCCGAUUUAUUAUUGACUACAGUAAUAUUAAAUCUUGGACGAAGUUUAUAAAUUGAUCAGCAUCCUCAUUCUUUCAAAAAUCAUAUGCUUAGCAGCGGCACAGCCUCGAGAAUCAUGCGAUCGAAAUGUCAACUGGUGAUACGAUGAUGCUGAUCCGAAUUCUGAGGUGAAGUGGUUUUAAAUCAAAUUGUGAGAUAUGAUGAUUCUAGAUAAAAUUCUGAGUUGCCAAGUUUUCAAAUCCAGUUCUCGAAGACGAUGUUGUUAAACUCAGUUCUGAGACAUGAAGUUGUUGAACCAAACCUGAGCCCCGAUGGUGUUCUGACCAACCAUCAAUUUCAUAAUGGAAAAAUACAUACCAAGGAACAAGACUUAGGCAAUGCUUUAUUAAUAAUUAAUGUUUUAGAUGAAUAUUAUCCUAGCACUAACGGAAUUAACAAUAGGUUUUCUGAGAUAAAUACGAACUUAUUACUUUGAAAAAAAAAUUACAUUAAAAUAACACGUAUUCAAGUUCUUAGGAUUAUGAUGCAGGUUUGAUGAUGUUAUUUGAUUUUUUGAGAAUGACAAUCAUCGUGAUCCUUGAUUAACUGUUGAAACUGUAACGAUUCGAACAUACGAAUUAUACGUGCAUAGAAAUGUACAUACAUAGUGUGAAUGCGUCUAGAAAUGGUUCCUUCCAAGCCACACAUUCACCCAUUGCACCAAGGUAUACACAAGCAAAAACAUGUGUAGACGCAGGUGGUGAAUGC